AUGUCUCGCAACAUAUGCAUCACUUCGGUUGAAGGACAGACCGGCUUCUUGAUUGCCGAACUGCUCCUUACCGACGAAGAGUUCAAAAAGAAAGUUGACAGCGUGACAGGCCUUGCCUUCGACCCGAACCAUGCCAAGGCAAAGGAACUCGCUGGGUUGGGUGCAGUUAUUGUCCCACAUAAGCCUGGAAGGGAGCGCGAGGUGGUUGAGACGCUCAAGAAAACAGGCUGUGACACUAUUUGCCUUGUACCUCCUGCAAGGGCAGACAAGUUCGACAUUGCAGCUGAGCUAAGUAGCGCAGCGAAGAAGGCUGGUGUGAACAACAUGCUGCUGAUUAGUGCAGCUGGUUGCGACUAUGCUGAGAGGGACAAGCAGCCGAGGCUGAGAGAGUUUAUUGACCUAGAGACUCUGGUGUUGAGUUCAAAGGGAGAGGCAGACACUCCCUUGGGAAACUCGCCCUGUGUCAUUAGGCCCAAAAUGAGGGACAUUGCCCUUGUUGCAGCCUACGUGCUCUCUGGAAAGGGCCCACAUGGCUUCGAUGAUAAGCACCGAGGACAGAUGAUGGUCGUCACUGGACCGAUGCUCUGCGCAGGAAAAGAGCUUGCUGAGGCUGCGAGCAAAGCACUCGGCCAAACGAUGGAGUUCGAAAAUAUCUCCGAGCGUGAGGCUAAGCGAAUUCUGCGCAAUCAGGCCGACAUCGAUGAUUCGGAGAAAGAGUACAUCCUCGAGUACUACAGCCUGCAUCCUACUGAGCCGGAUGAGUUCUUCCGUAACUACGCGGGAGAGCUUCGGCCGAAGAAAAAGUUGAGAAGUUCCUGA